CUGAAAACAGACUUCUCAAACGGACUGAAACACAAAGGAAGGAGAGAAAAUAGAUUCACGGAAAGAAACACGGAUAACGUGUGCGAACCUCGGCGCGUUACUGUGCAAUCGAUUCGAGAAAGAUUUGAAAUUCAGCAACAACAAACUCCGCCCCCAAGUCGUAACGAACAACCGGAAAUUCUGUCGGAAGUCGACUCAAACCAUAGUGGAUCGAGUAACGCUAGCGAAAGUGACCACAGUUCAACCGGCGGUGGGUUUCAGCAACACAGCAAUCGCACCAGUAUCAAACGGAGUCCGGCGUUUCGAACGGGACUCAAACCGGCGGAAGCCAUUCCCGAAAACAUUUUAAAGAAACCUUCACUUAUCCGAAAUGGCCUAAAGGAUCCCAACGUGAUCAUCAUCAAGAAUCAUAAAAAACCGAGUCUCAGACGGAAGCCUGGAGUGGAUCGCACAUCCAAACCGAAUCUCAGCCCCGAACCGACGGCUACAAUCGAAAACGAUCCACUGAUAGAAGAGGCGUUAAAAGCGCCACUACCCACCGGCCCAGCGCCUAAAAAACCACCUCGAACAUUCGUUCACGAUGCAUUCAUUCAGCAGCAGAAUGUCACCGAUGAACCGGAUAGCAGCCCACAACGUCCGGUGCGACGGAACAAAGCCCUACAAAGUCCGGCCAAACCUGCCAGACCGACGAGCAUCGCUCUCGGAUCGCCUUUCACGAUGAGCCGGUCUAAAACGGAACCGUUUCUAUUGGGCCGGAAAAAGUCCGUCGAAUCGGAAGAAGUUCCAGCUGUGGAAGACCUGAGGCGAUCGCCUUUAGACGAUGUUGAAUUCUAUUUCAAGGAGAGUCGAUGGCUAAACCCUGUACAGUGGAACAGUUUCUCACCGACACCGUGCGUGACCAAGUCUCCUUUGAAGAAACAAACGAGUCCUCGAGUAUCGGCUUCCAUGCUGACCAUAUCCGAUCCGGCUUUAGUGCAAGGGAGGAACGGAACGCGUCAUGGAGGCAAAAAUGUGGCCGCUCGCCAUCUAGAACCAACGAGGAGGAUGAGCUGCGAUUUUGACGCAGGAAGGCGCCGUCCGAGUAGCUCCGAGUUUACCUGGCAGUCGUCGACAACUCCGGGGUUGCUGGGAUUUCACGGUCGUAAAGACUCUCCCGUCUCGCUCGGCCACGUCUAUGAACAACCCACGCUUGAGGGCGGCCUGCAUUACAUGUGUUCACCCAUUAUGGAAGUCAACGAUAUCCACAGUUGGCACAACGAGAUGAGGGUCACCGACGACAGCGACUGCGAGUCGGAAAACGAUUUCAGGAAGAGUCAGCUGGUGGAGGAUAGAAAAAUUUACGUCCGCCGAGUCUCCAGUAACGUUUGCGACCUGAGAAAAGCCUCUAGACCGUUGUCCACCAACGUUGAACCCGGAGCCGGCCUUUUUGAAACCUUCCUCGAAGUGGCUCUCUUUUACGACCGUCAUCAACAUCUUCACACUCCUUACAUCAAAUCCAGCUAUCCCAAAUCGUCAGCUGUCCCUUCUGGCAUGGAACAUUUUUGCUUCCCGGAUUCAACGCAUUGGCCGCCACCACUACAGACGGCCGGUGAACCGUACACCAUCAUCUUGACCGAUUCCAAAGGCGAUCGAAUGUACGGCUAUUGCCGACGGGUGGUUCCAGAAGGAGCUCAAACCUGCAUUCCCAUCACGUAUUGCUUAUUGAGCCGCCAUCGAGCGGCCGGGUUUUACAACAAGCUGUUGAACGUCAUGGUGUCGCGGCACGGGGUCUCGGUGUCCCAGCGUCUAGCUCUGCUCGAUUGUUUGCACAAACAACCAUUUCCAAAUCCGGGCCGUUUUGUUGAAUUCCCCGCCGAAAGUCCCGUCAGUGGAAAUAAGGUCAACAAAGUACAGCGGUUACUCGACGGACGUCUGGAGGACAUCGAUUUGAGGGUACUCUUUGAACGGCUUAACGAAACGGUCGUCCUCCACGUCUUGGGCACUGUCCUAUUGGAAAGAAAACUCAUUUUUGUCAGUCAAAAUCUCAGUGUGCUGUCGCUUUGCAUCGACGCUGUUCAGUCUAUGCUCUACCCAUUUGUAUGGCAGCACACUAUCGUGCCCGUCCUUCCUCAGUCCAUGACGGAAAUAGCAUCAGCUCCCACACCUUUUAUACUAGGCCUUUUGUCUAAAAAUGUCGACGAUUGGAAGUCCAUCUACCCUGAUCAGGGUAUGCUGGUUGAUUUGGAUAGCGGCAAAGUCCUCCAUAACGUUGGUGACGAAUCAACCAUUCUGCCUCGACGGAGCGUGCGUAAGCUCAUGUCAGACUGGGAGGUGACCGUCAAUAUCACUCAACAAGCGGAAACUGCCCGCAAUGCUCUUUACAGCGAGAGCUUUUUGCGGAUGUUUGUCGACCUCUGCGGUCACUAUGAGCAGAACAUUCACUGUAGCGAUUCUGGCCACAAGUACUUUGAGCGAGCCGCUUUUACUCGGAACCAUUCGAAUUCGAGUGUCCGCGAUUUCUUGGAAUGGUUCACCGAAACGGCAAUGUUCAAUUUAUUUAUCGAAUCACGCUUGAGACACGACGCUGUUCAAACACUGUAUGAGCACAAAAUCCUUGAACAUUCAAUGCAAAUCGUACGACCCAAUACCCAACUGAUUUUGCCCAACUCCAAAAUUCUUGGUCGCAAGAUCAAAACCAUCGGGGACAAACUUAGGGAGAUGAAUAUGUUUGCUUGACUGCUUGAUGCCGGACAUUGACUACCAUCUUCGACAGUAGCACACCUUCACUGUAACAUCAUUCACGCUCUCUGAGGGUCAGGUUGCCCUCCGCUUCCAUGACAAACAUGACCUUAUUUAAUUUGCUAGUCACGCCUCACUCGUUUCUGUAUAAACUGAAUUUAAUACUCUCGCCCACCUGGACGAGUAUGAUAUGCGCUGAGACAAAAGCUUUUAUGCUAAAUUGAAAUAAUUUUUUUAAAUUAAAUAUAUUAUCUCUGUACAAGUUAUACGAUCUGAACAUACAUUUAGUGAACAUG